CCAUUAUGCGAAACGUGUGCUCUCUGUGCGUAAGUGAAACCAAAUGAUAUGCUGGAACAGGAUUGAUCCCGGCCAUUUGUGAUUACCUCCCUUUUAUCUACUUCCGUAUGCGAUCAAAACAAAAAUGGCGUACUGGUUUCAUCGAAAUCCUUUGAAGGCGACUGCCUCCGUCACUUUUGAGCUUCAUGGCGUUUCCACAAACGACCAAACCAGGAAGAUAUUUAGUGACCUGCGUAUGACUCGUAGUAAACUCCUGGAGCUACUGACAGACCCAAAUCAUGACAAGAUCGUGGUGGAGAAGGCCACGAACGACUACUUCUCCCUUCUGCUGGGGAUGUACAUGUCCUUCAAACAGGACGAGCCAGAGAACAAACUGAGGAAAAUUAUCAGAUUCAAGUGGAGCAGCACCCUCCUUGGGAAUGUUACAAUGGCCCAUAAUGAUGUGAUAUUUGAGUUUGCCUCCAUGGGAAUCAACGUGGCCCUGUGGUACACCAAACAUGCUGCUAAACUUGCUGCGAAGGAGGAUCCGGACAUGGAUGAGGCCAAGGAGGUCCACAAGUGUCUGAGGAUCGCUGCUGGUCUCUUUACUUACAUCAAGAACGACCUGGUGGGCCAGCUAUCUACAGAGGAGGAGGUGAAGGGUGCAGACAUUGACACGCGGGUGUUGGAGGCGUAUAUCAACCAGUGCACCGGGGAGGCUCAAGAAGUGACGUUAGCCCGGGCCAUCGAGAUGAAGCACAACCCCAGCCUGAUAGCCGCGCUGGCUGCGGAGACAGGGCAGAUGUACCAGAAAGCAGACGAUGCCCUGGCGAGUCUCGACGUCAAGGUGGUGGGCAAGUGGAAGAAAUAUUUUCAACUGAAAAGUAACUUCUACUUGGCUUAUGCUCACUCGUACAAUGGGGAGACCCUGCUGGCGGCAGACAAGUGUGGGGAUGCGAUACGUGGACUGAAGGAGAGUGUCACAUUGUAUGACAAGGCAUCGCUGCUGGCCAAGGAGUAUGCCACAACCAAGGGCCCCGGGACGACCGCCAGGCCAGCCGACCAUGUGUUCUUUAGACGUCUCGGACCAGUUGUGAAGAGGACACUGGAAAAGUGUGAGAGAGAAAAUGGUUUGAUAUACCACCAGAAGGUGACCUAUGACCCCCCUCAACUUGAGUUGAAGGCCACCUAUGGACUGGUCAGCCCCGAGGAUUACCAGCCCCCCUCCAUGAACCCACUAUGGAACGUGGACUCCUACAGCAAGUUUAAUGUCCAAAUGGCCCCCAAACCUGAAAAGAAAAGUGAAAAAGAAGAGAGUCUUCCUCCUGUGAAAGAAAAAGAAGUCCCGAUGUCCGACAAGGAUCCGAAGAAUGUCAGUGGAUGUGUGGUAUCAUAGGCUGCUCUGUUGUGUGUACUCUCGUUGAAGCACAGCAGUGCUGUGCAAUAGUUACCAUGGUUACUGUGUUGUCCAGAUAAUCAUUUAAAGUCGGAAACCUUGUUUUGUACUCAUAUUAUUAUGGUUUUCAUUGCUUCACAUUUCAUAUUUAGAAAAAUCACAAUUUCAGCGCGUAAUCCUAAUGGAUUUACAAAAUUCCUCAGAUUAUUCUUUGUUACUGAUUAUCCUUGAGCCUCGUGUACAUAUUGUUACCGACGUGGAGCUGUAAUUUAUGUUAUUAUUCCAUGUUUGUAUUUAAAUGACAAAGUUUCUAACGCUAUGUAAUCGGUCUUUGAUCAAGAUGUAUAUUUUGUACAUAGUCGAUGGUGUCAGACUGUACCACACUCAAGAUGUUUGUUGUGGCUACGUUAUUCUCGAAAACAAUAACGAGAUCGUAUUCUUACAAAGCUGCUUUUGUAGAUUAUUCCAAUGUUGCUUGUGCACCUUGUGAUGAUCCGUUGACCAGAAGCUUUCAAGUGGGAAGAGAUACGUUUAGUGUCUUUUUGUAUACCGUAUUCGACGUAAUAAGCGCCCCGUUCUAAUAAGCGCCCACGGCGAUAUUUGCUGAUAUAUUGCCUAGUGAACAAUCCCAAUUAGCACCCCUUACGAUUGAUCAAUGUAAACAAGACUUAUUUAUUCGUG